AUGGGUUCCAGUUCCACUUCAAGUGAUCAUCAUGUGCAACACAACCAACUGUUAUCUAAGAUUGCAACCAGCCAAGGACAUGGGGAAGAUUCUCCUUACUUUGAUGGAUGGAAAGCCUAUGACAAGAACCCUUACCAUGCAACCCACAACCCUGAAGGAGUUAUCCAGAUGGGUCUUGCAGAAAAUCAGCUUUGCUUUGACUUGAUAGAAGAUUGGAUUAGGAGCAACCCACAAGCUUCUAUCUGCACCAAAGAAGGAAUCCAAGAAUUCAAGGAAACUGCCAACUUUCAGGACUACCAUGGCAUGCCAGCCUUUAGAGAGGCUGUGGCGAAGUUUAUGGGGAAAGCAAGAGGAGGGAGAGUCAGAUUCGACCCUGACCGCAUAGUAAUGGGUGGUGGAUCCACUGGAGCCAACGAGAUAAUCACCUUUUGUUUGGCCGACCCUGGUGAUGCUUUCCUGGUCCCCUCACCUUACUACCCAGCAUUUGAUAGAGAUUUGAGAUGGAGAACAGGAGUGCAACUAUUUCCAGUCAUUUGUGAGAGCUCUAAUGGUUUUAAGAUCACCAAAGCUGCUUUAGAAGAAGCAUAUGAGAAAACCCAAGAAGCCAACAUCAAUCUAAAGGGUCUUCUCAUCACCAAUCCAUCAAACCCUUUAGGAACUACCUUGGACAAAGAGACACUUCAAACCAUAGUGAGCUUCAUCAACAAGAAGAACAUCCAUUUAGUCUGUGAUGAGAUAUAUGCAGCCACAGUCUUCAGCCAACCCAAGUUCACAAGCAUUUCAGAGAUGGUAGAAGAAGAUGGUGAUUGCAAUAAAGACCUCAUCCACAUUGUUUAUAGCCUCUCAAAGGAUAUGGGUUUUCCAGGCUUCAGGGUUGGGAUAGUAUAUUCAUAUAAUGAUGAGGUUGUGAACUGUGCUAGAAAGAUGUCAAGCUUUGGACUUGUCUCAACACAGACACAACACCUUAUAGCAACUAUGUUAUCAGAUGAUGAGUUUGUAGAGAGGUUCUUGGUGGAGAGUCCAAAUAGAUUAGCUAAAAGGUAUAACUUCAUCAGAAGUGAACUUGGUAAAGUAGAGAUUGAAUGUUUAGACAGUAAUGCAGGUCUAUUUUGCUGGAUGGACUUGAGGAAGCUUCUUACAGAACCAACACUGGAAGAAGAGAUGAAGAUAUGGAGGGUUAUAGUCCAUGAUGCUAAGCUCAAUGUUUCACCUGGUUCGUCUUUCCAUUGCUUAGAGCCUGGUUGGUUUAGGGUUUGUUUUGCAAAUAUGGAUGAUGAGACCAUGGAAGUAGCUCUAAAGAGAAUGCAGAAAUUUGUGGGGAAACCCAAAGAAGAGGAGGUAGUGGCUGCAGUAUUAAGGAGUACUAAACGUUCCAAGAGCAAUCUUAGGGUAAGCCUAAGCUUCAAAUCAAGGAGGAUGGAAGAGUCUCUCAUGUCGCCAUGCACUAUGUCACCACACUCACCCCUUGUUAGUGCUAGGACAUAA